GUCUUACAGGAAUAACAGUGACAUGAACAACAGCCAUUUGUCUCGUUGACAUCCGUCUCUCCUGUUACAUAUAAAUGACUAAGACACGUCCCACAAUGUCCGAACCCGAUACCCAAAUGCCGACGCACGCCCCCAAUCAACCAGCAAGUGAAAAAGUAUCCUUAAUGGAUGUCUUGAACUUCAGUAGUGCGGCUUCGAGGAUUGUUACUCAGGAGUUUGGGUUUAACUAUAACCCGGAUACGGAGGAUGAUAAUAAUCCAUCGGAUGGUGUGUAUUACUCUCUGGGCGAGUGGUGUUGGUUAGUAACUGAUGUUUGUGUAGAUGAUGAUCAUGCAUUGAUAUUUGAUAACCCUUUUGGGAGUACUAUGGACUCGGAAGAUGAGGAUCAUCUCUAGUUGGUUGUCAUGGGGUAGGAGGAAGGAGGAAGGAUGAGCUGCGGGGGUGAUAUACCAUAUUUUGGC